AACUGAAACUUAAUUUCUUCUUCAUAAAAAAAUGGCAGCAUCAGAUUUAGUUGUUAAGGGAGACAAAUAUCGUUCUUACUUACAUGGAGAGGGAGAGAAGAAUACCAAAUGGAGAUUUGGUGCUCCUCCAAAUUAUGAUGUCGUUGACAAACUCUUUGAAGAAGGCAGAACUAAGGUAUGGCCUCCAGGUUCAUUGGAAGAAAAAGUGCAGAACUUGCUGAAGACAUGGGAAAUGGAAGUGUUUCACAAGACUUGCUUCGAUGAUUAUAAGUCAAUUGAUCCAAAGAAGUAUACUUAUAGCCUAAAUGGAAUGAAACCUGUAACUUUGGAAGGAAAGAUGAAGCUUGGAGGAGGAUACAAUACCUUUUUGCGUACCUCAUUACCAGCGAAGUAUAGGGCCUAUGACUAUGAAAAAGAAACUGUGGAUACAGCUCAUGUGGCUUUUAUAACAACUUUCCCAAGAGGAUUUGCAAUAGAGGUUCUUCAAGUUUAUUCAGGGCCACCUGUUAUUGCUUUCAAGUUUAGGCAUUGGGGUUACAUGGAAGGUCCUUUCAAGGGCUAUGCUCCCACUGGAGAACUGGUGGAAAUUUAUGGGACGGCCAUUUUUGAGGUGGAUGAACAUGAAAAAAUUGUGAAGGUAGAGAUCUUUAUGAAUGGUUUCGAAUUGCUUGGAGGCCUCAUGAAAGGUGGCGCCAUAGAUGAUUCAACAAUUGAAGCUGCUUCAAGCUGUCCUUUCUUGAAGGGUACAGGAUAGCUCAUAACUCUGUCUUGUCUGAUAUUUGAAAUGAUUUUCUGUAUUGGGUUCAGCUGCUUUUGACCAGUAAUAAUAAAAUUUUUCUUUUGUUCUCUACCUUUCA